CAUUAGAAGAAUAUUAUUAUUCCAAUACAUUCGCAAGCUCGUGUGCACCAACGUAAACAAGUAUACACGUAGCCUUUCAAAGUACGCCGAAUUAUUUAUUAAUUUCAUUUACACUUGGAAUGGAGGCUGCUAAUUUGAAAAAAGAAAAACAACGAUUAACAUAAUUGAUUGGCAUUGGCAGAAAAUUCGAAAACACCGCAAUGCUCGACAAACAUCUUUUAUAUUUGUAAUAAUACGACAGGAUUAUUAUCAAGUGGCCACAAUCGUUGACCAAACUCUUAAUAGUCGAAUAUUAUUUUUAACCAGCGCAAAUCUUUGAACUUUAACAACCGAUAAAUUAUAGAAUAUAAUGCGAUGUUUAUAUUUGCAAAGUGCAUCGCUGCGCAGGCACGAUGAUUUUCAACGAAUGUUUUCAAAGAGUAACGCCCUCGCUCCACGAGGCGAAUUUUUUCGUUACGACGGACCCACUCGACAAAUACAAUUAUUUCGUUCACCGCAUAAAAACGCAUCUUGAUACAUCGGAAAUUGAAGCAUCCGUAAACUUAUCUGCGUAAAUUUCUCGUGUGCGUGUACGCUUGCGGUGCAGCUUAUCUCCCGCUACACAUUACCCACGUUUAAAGAUAAUGUCGAGACUUGCGUAACGCAACAAUCGAACGACAUAGUUGCGUUCAUCUCGAAUAGCAAUUGCACAAUAACAUCUAUUAGCCAACAAUUAAAGAUGCAUUGCCAAUUGAAAAUCGUGUUGAAUUAUUUCACCGGGAUAAAAGUUAUUAAAAAUGUUGUAAAAUGCUUGCGAUCGUGGCGGCGAUCUACCGUCCUUGUCUCUCGGACAUUCCCUUCUCUUUGGGGGUCACGUGAGCGAGUCACGCGUAUCACGGAAAAGGUCCGAGAGAGAAGUUUUCUCGGCGUGCUUCGCUUUCUCUCCAUGGACGUUGAAGGAACAGCUUUGCUUAAUAUUGCUCCGCAACCAGAGCCGUCAAGAUGAGUUAUUAGUCGCGAAACGCUUGCACACACAAGUGUGCCAUCACAAUCAGCGAUCAUGACGGCCAUCAUGGCACCCUAUACCAGCUACGUCGCUUCGUCGACCAACUAUUCAAAUAGAAUUUCAACGCACCUGAAUUGGAUAUCAGUAAACGAACAUGUCAGCCGACCAAGACACAACAACGAUGUGGAAGGUGGAGCCUGUAUCCCCUAGUGGGACUCCGCCGCUUGACAUUGACGAAGAAUGGCUCUGUUUCGACGAAAAACCUGCGGUACUCGAGGGUAUUGGCGAAGUCGCCGUGCUCUUCGAGGAACAACUUACACGUGCACAAGUCGCUUCAAAAUUUUUAGAAGAGUUAGAGUUAAAGAACUGGAUUAAAGAAGAGUCCUUUGCCGAUUGGCUCGAAGAGAAAAUCGACUUGCCGAUCUUCGAGGAGCUUCCGGCCCCGGAAUGCGGACAGAACCGCGCGAUCGUAUACCCGAGUACGGUCAAGCACCAACAUCCGGUGCUCGGCCAACAUCACCACCACCACCACCACAACCACCAUCAACAUCAACAACAGCAACAACGACAGCAACAGUCGCAGCAGCACGUCGAUGCUACGCAAACGCUACUACGCGAAUUCGAGACGGUCCUCGGUGACGUCGAGGCCUGUCACCAGAUAAACUCGACGGGCAUCGUCUCGACCUUGACGCCUCCUCAGUCACCACCACCCCUCGCUAAACAAAAUCUACUCAUCGCGCUACAACCCGUUCACCAGAAUCAGGCGACCUUCGUCUACGAGCAGCAGCGCCAGCGGCACCACGAGGAACCGUCAUCGAUCGCCUCCUCGCUCGGCAACCAUGAACAUCAUCAUGAGUCGCUUCUGCAGCCGCACCCACACCCGGAGAGCUAUAUUAUUUCGAGUUCCCUCGUGAGCGAUUCCGGCAACCAGCAGAUCACCGCCCAAUGGAACGCGGAGAAUCUCUCGCUGGUGCCCCUCGUCCAUGGGAACGAUGUCGCCCACGAGCUCGCCAAAGUCGACGAAUACGUACGCAGCUGUUGCGAGGACGUUCCCGUGACUUCGGGAUCCUCGUCCGGCUCCUCCUCAUCCUCGCCCCCCUCGCCCUGCACGAGCUCAAACGCGAGCUGCAUCUCGUCCGAGGACUCGGCUGACGAUCCCGAUUGGUCCUUCGAGAGCGGCGGCAGUGGCAGCGGCGGUGGCGACAGCGGUACCUGUACCGGUACCGGCACCGGCACCGGCACCGGCACCGGCAGCGGCAGCAGCAGCAUCAGCAAUGGACGCAAACAUGGACAGGGGCGCGCCGGACGACGAGUCAAGCCGUACGCGAGACCGAGCGUCGAGGACAAGCGCGUGCGCAAGAAGGAGCAGAACAAAAACGCUGCCACGCGCUACCGUCAAAAGAAGAAGCAGGAGAUCAAGGAGAUACUCGGUGAAGAGCAAGAGCUGGCCACAAGGAAUGAGAAACUGCAGAACCAGGUUAAGGAUCUGCAGCGCGAGAUCGGCUACCUCAAGAGCCUUAUGCGCGACCUCUUCAAGGCCAAGGGCCUCAUCAAAUAGUAAUUGGGUAUUCUCUUCGGGCGGGGCCGCAGACACGAUUUAAUUUCAGUAGAGCGAUUGUAGUAAAUGCUCUGGAAAUAACUUCUAGAAAAUGAAAACGAUAUUA